AUGGCAUCGCCUUCGCAAUAUAGCCCUCUGUGGCUGCAGGGAACUCAAAAAUAUCUUCCUGACAUAAUUCCUAGUCAGUUGCUGAUGGUUAUGGAACUAUUCUCGGUUUUUGCUUACCCGUCUGGUAAAGAAUCACCUUCAGCCAUGUCAUUCCAGUACCUAGUCACGGAGCUUUUGCUCCACAUAUUCCGCUCAUGCGAUACGAUCUCCGAUAUCAUAAACCUGGCAGCAACGUGUCGUAGAUUUCGCGAUGUCAUUAAUCGAUCCAACAAGCUACAGAUCCUCAUGGAUGUCGCUGAGAUGGAGUUCGGUCCUGUUGAUGAUAUCAUACAGAUAGCCACGCAUAAUACCAGCCAACCAGCACAUCUGUUCCGAACAGCACCCCUCACAGCAUCCCUCCUCAAACAGAUUGCCCAGAUUGGCAGAGCCGCACAGAAAUGGGCGACAAUCUACCCUGUCAAGAAAUGGAAGCUCGACUAUGAGAACCGACGUUCCCUCACCGACGAGGAGCAGUUCCGCCUGCGCCGUGCUAUCUACCGGCUCUGGUUAUACCAUCGUGCAUUCCAUAGACGCGAGUACGAUCGAUAUAGCAGAAAUCUGCUGAACACUGUCGUUGAGCGUGCACAGCUCCUUCACAACUGGACCACGUCCGAGCUGGCGGAUAUCGAGGAUAUACGCACCGUCAUUGGCGACGUCGUUCAAAACCACAUAUGUCCGAGCAACGGGACCAUCCAACGGAAGUUUCGGAAGCGCUAUCCGGAAAGCAACUACCAGCUAACCUUCAAUAUCCACUUAAACUAUCCCAUAUCCAACACUCAAACACCCUACGGUUUUCACGACUCUAGCCUCAAUCCUACCGACCAUGACCAAUACUUCCACCUGACUCACUACACCAGCUUCGGCAAUUACUCUGCCAAAUAUCGCUCGCGCUUCCGGAAUGAUAUCUUCCAUGAGCCUGGCUCGGAGGGAUGGGGAGAUGAAAUACCGCAUUACUACGUCGUGCAGGAUAUGAUGAAGCUUGACCCUGGGCAAAUCCUCUGGCUGCGGGAGAAUUGUCCGCUGAAAGAGCAGGUUGAAACAUUCGUGCUUUCUCUUGGGGACUGGUUUCGUGAUAACGGAGAAACUUUUGGAGAUACGCUGGCAUGGGUGAUUAAGGAGAGGGGCGAGGAUUUGGAGGAAUUUCGGGUUGCGAUUGUGGAGAGGGAGUUAGGAAUUGCGUGUAACUAG